GAAGGAGAAAGCCUUGACUUCUUAAAUUGCGAUACGCGUCAUCUACGACUGCGAAUCCGAUGCGGCGACAAGUGUACCUUCUUCGUAACUUCUUCGACAGCUUUCUCUCUCCAACUCUUUCGUCCCCUUGUUUCAGGAACUACCGACGUCUUCUACGCCAUUGAUUCACUCUUAACUCCCCGACUUUUCUAUAAUUGGGUUGUGCAUAAAGCUCCUGUUCUUCUCCCCAUUUUUCCUUCGGUUCUUUCCUUCCUCCUGGGUUUUGUCGUCUCUGGGAAGGAGAGAGGCCAUGGAUUUGUAAUUGUAGGGUUCAUGCUCUGUUGUUAGAUAGGCGGAAUUUCUGUACAAAUCUCCCGCUUAAAGUCUGUUGUUUCUCGAGAUUUUCUCUCGAAUCCUAGGCUAGAUAUGUCGUCAGCUGGUGUCACGCUUAGUCCGGUUCGUAGUGAGCCGCCAUUGUCCCUCGUUCAUACGAAUCCUUGUGCGGAUCCCUACCCGGCCGAGUCCAUCGUGGUUUAUCUUUCCCUCUCUGGAACCAUGGUCCCAAUGCGGGUGCUGGAAUCUGACUCAAUUCAAUCGGUUAAGCUCAGGAUUCAAUCGUAUCGUGGGUUUGUAGUGAGGAAUCAGAAACUUGUUUGCAGUGGACGUGAACUUGCGAGGAGCAAUUCGAAUAUCCGCGAAUACGGUGUGAGUGAUGGUAACAUUCUGCAUCUGGUUCUCAAGGUCUCUAAUCUUCAGGUCCUCGAGGUUAAAACUACGUGCGGGAAACACUACACGUUUCAUGUGGAGAGGGGGAGGAACAUUGGGUAUGUGAAAAAGCAGAUUGCAAGAAAGGGAAAAGACUUUGAUGAUCCCAAUGAACAGGAAAUUCUUUAUGAAGGUGAGAAACUGGAAGACCAGAGGCUUGUUGAUGACAUCUGCAGAAACAAUGACACGGUUUUGCAUCUUGUGGUGCGGAAACCUGCCAAAGUUCAUCCUAGGCCUGUGGAAAAGAAUUUCGAAUUGUCUAUUGUUGCCCCACAAGUGAAUGAUGGAAAAGAUUAUGAUGUUACUAAAAAGACCAAUGGAAUAGAAUGUGAUGUUGGUGAAGCACAUGGUGCAAAAAGUCGGGAAUCUAAUGGCAUUGUUCUUCCGAGGAAGCCUUCAGAUCAUCGCUUCUCAUUGGACCCAGUCAUUGUUAAUCCCAAGGCUAAGUUACCUUUGGUGGUUUCGGAAAUGAUGGUGUCUGCUUCUGAUGGACUGGAAAGGGGUAAUUCCCCAGUCAGAUCGAGAGAGGGCACAGGAGGAGCUUAUUUCAUGCAGGAUUCAUCUGGCCAGAAGUUUGUUGCUGUAUUUAAGCCAAUCGAUGAGGAACCAAUGGCAGUCAAUAAUCCUCAUGGGUUACCGACAUCACUCAAUGGCGAAGGUUUGAAGAAAGGGACAAAGGUUGGAGAAGGGGCAUUGAGGGAAGUUGCAGCUUACAUUUUGGAUCAUCCCAAAGGUGGACGCAGGUCUUUGUCUGGUGAAGAGAGAGGCUUUGCUGGUGUACCUCCAACAACUAUGAUCAAAUGUCUGCAUCAUGGGUUUAACCAUCCCAAAGGAAUAAGACCCAAGAUGGGAUCACUGCAGAUGUUUAUGGAGAACAGUGGCAGUUGUGAAGAAUUGGGCCCAGCUGCAUUUCCAGUGGAGGAAGUGCAUAAGAUCUCUGUGCUGGAUAUUAGACUGGCAAACACGGAUAGGCAUGGUGGGAACAUCUUACUGAGUAAGGACGAAGAUGGUAGGAAUGUUUUGGUCCCAAUCGAUCACGGUUACUGCUUACCUGAAAGUUUUGAAGACUGUACGUUCGAGUGGCUUUAUUGGCCACAAGCCAGAAAACCCUUUUCUCUUGAGACUGUGGACUAUAUAAGAUCAUUGAACGCGGAGGAAGAUAUUGCUCUUCUGAAGUUCCAUGGAUGGAACAUGCCACUCGAGUGUGCCCGAACACUCCGCAUCUCCACCAUGCUUCUGAAGAAAGGAGUUGAUAGAGGACUAACUGCUUUUGACAUUGGAAACUUCAUGUGCAGAGAAACUUUGACAAAGGAAACUCUUCUGGAGGAGAUCGUGUCGGAAGCUGAGGAGUCCCUGCUCCCAGGCACGAGCGAAGCUGCUUUCUUAGAUACCUUAUCUGUUUUGAUGGAUCGCCGUCUUGAUGAGAUGGUUCGCUCUCAGGGCACUGUAGGAAAUGGUGUUGCUGUGUGAGCGUUGGCGAAUCCAUUAUAUUCUCGUACAUAUUACCAUGGCAGGAAGAUGGUGAAGUGUUGGUUUUGUCUAUAAACUUGUUGGCAGAAUGGUGUUUUCCAUCAUUUGAUCAAUUCUUUGGACCUGGUCAUCUGUGAAAGAUGUUGCAAAGUCAUUUGUCUUUUCUUUGAUAUAUAUUUUCAGGCAAUGAAAUUUCUUUCUUUCA